AACGUCUUGACGUGUCACCGCGGACGGUGAAGGAAGUGUCCGAUCUUGAAGAGUGUGUAGUUUGGAAACGGACUCAUGUCUGACAGAUAGUGUGGUCUGUGUCAGGAGCCAUGUCCCCGCUGCAGAGGUACCAUGCAGUGGAGAAGACACAUCACCGGCUGCGCCUUCAGCCUCGUCUUUGUUGUGUCUUAUUUCACCAAUAAGUAUGUCCUGUCAGUGUUAAAGUUCACGUAUCCAACCUUAUUUCAAGGAUGGCAGACGUUUGUCGGGGCUGUUCUUCUUCUUCUCUUUGGGAAGCUGGGAUGGGUGGAGCUGAGCCGCAUCACCAGAUCAGCAGCUCUGCCCUGGCUGCCGGCCUCGCUCCUGUUUGUAGGAAACAUUUACGCUGGGUCCAGGGCCUUAUCACGCAUUGACAUCCCUUUCUUCUUCACCCUGCAGAAUUCCUCUCAUGUUGUUAGUUACAUCAUCCUGAAGCUCGUCCACAGAGAGAAGACACAGUGGCUGAAGUUUAUCAGCGUUUGUCUCAUGCUGCUUGCAGCCAUCAACCUCCCCCUCUAUGACCCUCAGUUUGACUCCAGUGGUUAUCUGUGGGCUGUCUGUCACCUGGUCUGUGUUGGCGCGUACAGAGUGUUUCAGCUUUACCACAGACCCAGUAACCUGAGUGAUCUUGAACAACAGUGUAUCAACUACUUGUUCAGUGUGCUGCUGCUGGCUGCUGCUGCUCAUCCAACAGGUGACCUGAUGGCUGCCCUGGAGUUCCCCUCCCUUCAGUCUCACACAUUUCACUGUGGCUGCUGUGCCAGUGCUCUGCUGGGCUUUCUCUUACUGUUGGUCACAGUCAGACUGAAAAGUGGUUUGUCCCUCGAGCACUUUGGGAUUUGGAAUUUUCUGUCUAAGGUUACUGCCAUGUCUCUGUCUCCAUUUGUUUUCUCCAUGGAGGUUACCGCUCCGUCUCUGAUGUGUGUGGUUGGCAGCCAUGUUGGCGAGGCCCUGCUGUUGUACUCAGACAGAGAAUCUCAGCAGUGAUGAUCCCAAACCUGCACUUCAUGAAGAGAUUGUUUUUCUAUUUAAAAAAAGUUAUUUUUUCACAUUAUUUUUUAUAAUCUCUGCUGUGUGCUCUGAUGAGGACCAAAUAAAAUCAUCUUUGUAUACA